GAGGGGGUGGGGAGGAGGAGGAAGCGGCGGCGGCGGCUGCGGAUGUCGCUGCGACCGAGCGGCGUCUGAACAUACGGCGGCCUCCGAGCGCCCGACCCGGGCCUACGCCGGAGCCCACGCCCAGCUCUGCCGCCCCUCGCCCGCCAGGGCGGCCCUGCGCCCCUAGCCACUGAGGCGGCGCGCCCUGCGUCCUCCGUUGUCCGGGCCUGCCGGCUCUGGCGUCUGCUGGCUCCCCCUCGCUCGCCUGCGCCUUCCUGAGUCACCGCCGCCGCCAUGGCCGAGAGUGGUGAAAGCGGUGGCCCUCCGAGCUCCCAGGACAGCGCUGCCGCGGCCGAAGCGACCGGUGCCCCCGCGGCCGCUGCUGCCGCUGAGCCCAAGAUCAUGAAAGUCACUGUGAAGACCCCGAAGGAGAAGGAGGAGUUCGCUGUGCCGGAGGACAGCUCCGUCCAGCAGUUCAAGGAAGAAAUCUCUAAACGGUUCAAAUCACAUACCGACCAACUUGUGUUGAUAUUUGCUGGAAAAAUUUUAAAAGAUCAAGAUACACUGAGUCAGCAUGGAAUUCAUGACGGACUUACUGUUCACCUUGUCAUCAAAACACAAAACAGGUCUCAGGAUCAUUCAGCCCAGCAAACAAAUACUAGUGGAAGCAAUGUUACUACAUCUUCAGCUCCUAAUAGUAACUCUACAUCUGGUUCUGCCCCUAGCAACCCUUUUGGUUUAGGUGCCCUUGGAGGACUUGCCGGUCUAAGUAGCUUGGGUUUGAAUUCUACCAACUUCUCUGAACUACAAAGCCAGAUGCAGCGGCAACUAAUGUCCAAUCCUGAAAUGAUGGUCCAGAUCAUGGAGAAUCCCUUUGUCCAGAGCAUGCUUUCAAAUCCUGACCUGAUGAGGCAGUUAAUUAUGGCCAAUCCACAAAUGCAGCAGUUGAUACAGAGAAAUCCAGAAAUUAGUCAUAUGCUGAAUAACCCAGAUAUUAUGAGACAAACAUUGGAACUUGCCAGGAAUCCAGCAAUGAUGCAGGAAAUGAUGAGAAACCAGGACCGAGCCUUGAGUAAUCUGGAAAGCAUUCCAGGGGGAUACAAUGCUUUACGGCGAAUGUACACAGAUAUUCAGGAACCAAUGCUGAGUGCUGCGCAAGAACAGUUUGGUGGUAAUCCAUUUGCUUCCUUAGUGAGCAAUACGUCCUCAGGUGAAGGUAGUCAACCUUCCCGUACAGAAAAUAGAGAUCCAUUACCCAAUCCAUGGGCUCCACAGGCUUCUCAGAGUUCAUCAGCUUCCAUUGGCACCACCAACGCUGUGGGGGGCACUGGAAGUAGUACUGCAAGCAGCACUGCUGGGCAGAGUUCUGCACCAAGUUUGGGACCUGGAGUAGGAGCUAGUAUGUUCAACACACCAGGAAUGCAGAGCUUGUUGCAGCAAAUAACUGAAAACCCACAACUUAUGCAAAACAUGUUGUCUGCCCCUUACAUGAGGAGCAUGAUGCAGUCACUAAGCCAGAAUCCUGACCUUGCUGCACAGAUGCAGAAUCCUGAUACAUUAUCGGCAAUGUCAAACCCUAGAGCAAUGCAGGCCUUGUUGCAGAUUCAACAGGGUUUGCAGACAUUAGCAACGGAAGCACCUGGCCUCAUCCCAGGCUUUUCUCCUGGCCUGGGGACAUUAGGAAGCACUGGCGGCUCUUCAGGAACCAAUGGCUCUAGCUCUGCCCCUAGUGAAAACCCAAGACCCACAGAAGGAACCACGGAACCUGGACACCAGCAGUUUAUCCAACAAAUGCUGCAGGCUCUUGCUGCAGUAAAUCCUCAGCUACAGAGUCCAGAAGUCAGAUUUCAGCAACAACUGGAACAACUCAGUGCAAUGGGGUUUUUGAACCGUGAAGCAAACUUGCAAGCCCUGAUCGCAACAGGAGGUGAUAUCAAUGCGGCUAUUGAAAGAUUACUGGGCUCCCAGCCAUCAUAGCAGCAUUUCUGUAUCUUGAAAAAAAUGUAAUUUAUUUUUGAUAACGGCUCUUAAAUCUUUAAAAUACCUGCUUUAUUUCAUUUUGACUUUUGGAAUUCUGUGCUGUUAUAAACAAACCCAAUAUGAUGCAUUUUAAGGUGGAGUACAGUAAGAUAAUGUGGGUUUCUCUGUGUGGUUUUAUUUUUCUUGUGGAACAAUGGGAAUCAAUGCUUUUUCAUUUAAGGCUACUGCAUGCAUCAAACACUUCUGCAUUUAUUGUAAUUUUUAAAAAAAACUUCACCUUUUGUAGUGGGUGAACAGAUUUUUGUCCUGCAUCUGUCCAAUUUAUUUGCUUUUUAAACAUUAGCCUAUGGUAGUAAUUUAUGUAGAAUAAAAGCAUUAAAAAAAGCAAAUCAUUUGCACUCUAUAAUUUGUGGUUACAAUAUUCCUUAUUGUGACUUUGGCAUGUAUUUUUGCAAACAAAAUGCUGUAAGAUUUACACUACUGACAGUUUUACUUUAUUUGUAUACAAUAUAUUAUGCACAUUUGGGAAUGCAUUUCUAGAAACAUACAGCAGUAGAUUAUCUUGAAAAAACUUAUAAAUAAAAAAGUAAAGAUAAGGAAAUAAAGUUAAAUAUUUCCUAAUUGUGUAGAAUCUUACAGCAUCUUUGAUAAACAUCUUUAAGCAAAAGUGCCAGUUAGGUUUGUUGACUAUAUAGUAGAAAAGCUGAUUCUGGUUAUCUCUUUAAGGACAUUUAAUUGUACAGACAACAUAAUGUAACAUUGUCUCAACAUUCACUGAUUAAUUGUAAAUUACCUUAAUUUUUGUGCAGACAGAAGGAGCACUGUAAUAUAACCCAAAAGUGCAUUUGCCUAAGAUUUUUCAGCUUCUCCCAUAGGUAGUUUAACAGGCAUUACAGUUUGUAAUUGAAAUGUUGCUUUCACUGAAAGUGUCUUGAUGUUUCAGUUAUUUUUAAUUGCCAUAUAAAAAUAGAUCUAUCUUUUGGGUUUAUCAGAUUUCUCAUGCACAGGCAAUACAUGAAUUUAAAAUGAUUUGUGAGCUACUUGUUUCUGAAGUGUUUCGGUAGUUUAUUAAGAAAUAGGUAAAUAUUGUGCUUUUCAGAGCCUCAGAGAAGGGAACUUGGGGGAGGGGGUGGGGAUCUAUCCUGGAGUGGGCCAGCCUAAAUAACACUGGUGUAACCAAGGUUCUGUUAGGAUUUCUGUGCAUAUGAUGUAGUAAACAGGUAUCAUUCAGGGGUGAUAAACAAGAGCCGUUUUAACAAUGUUGAAUACAUUUGGCUGUUCUACAGCCUUUUUCUUUCCUCCUCAGAGAAGUUCUGUUUGCCUAACUCUCAAAUUGUUGGUGUGGUACAUUCCUUUAGGACCAAUUAAACAUAACUUUGGGUCAGUUAUAUAUUUGGCUGACUCUGGUUCAGUAUUCUCUUAGGUCAUUGUAGUCUCAUGUACAGGAAAUUAAAAUGUUCAAGUUACCUAAAAUGAGUUCAGACCAAUAAAAUCAAAGGAAAUACAAGUUGAAUUGUAUUACUUCUGUAAGUUGCUUGCUGUUAAAAAGGGUUAAGAGGUCAAGUUGCCCACCAGCCAUGCACUGUUCUGACACUUUCCCCAGGAGGAAAACUUGUAUGAAGGUCAAGGUGGAGGCAUGGCUAGAAGAAGUUGUUCAGGAUUACUCAUGUGUCUUUGCUCUCUCUGCCUUAUGCCUCAGUCUGGUUUAAAAUCUUGUACUGGCGAAUGGUGGUAUACAGUGUGGGAUAGUGUCAUAACCAAUUUGACAGUUAUUAAUCACAAAAUAACAAUAAAUCUCUAGCUUUUACA